GACGUGGCGCACCGGCUGACGCAGCACGUGACGCGACGGCGCCUGCGCAGUGCCGGUGAGCGCGCUCCUGCCCGGGCCGCGGCGAUGGGGGCUGCGGCGGCCGAGGCCGAUCGCACCCUGUUCGUGGGGAACCUGGACCCCAAGGUCACCGAGGAGCUCAUCUUCGAGCUGUUCCACCAGGCCGGCCCGGUGGUGAAGGUGAAGAUCCCCAGGGACCGCGACGGGCGGCCCAAGCAGUUCGCCUUCGUCAACUUCAAGCACGAGGAGUCGGUGCCGUACGGGCUGAGCCUGCUGAACGGCAUCAAGCUGUACGGGCGGCCCAUCAAGAUCCAGUUCCGCUCAGGGAGCAGCCACGCAUCUCAGGACGGGAACCCAUCCUGUUCCCCGCACGGUGCUGCCAACGCCAGCCCGGCACACCCGGCGCCCUCCUGCGGCAGAUACGACAGGAGCCCCGACGGCACAGCAGCAGCGGGAUUCCCGCCGGCGCAGAGGCCUCUGCCGCCAGACGCCCUUCAGCGGCAGGUGCUGCAGAAGAACGUCCCGUGGCAGCACGCGCCGCCCUUUGGGAAAUACGAACCGCCUGGAUUCUCCUUCCUGCCGCCCCCGCACGCGUUCCCCCCCGCGCCGCGGCGCCCCGAGCUGCCGGCACCGCGCAAGGGCCGGCUGGGCGCCCACCCGUACCUGCCCGAGAGCCGGCGCUUCGGCGAGCGCGGCAAGCGCGAGGAGCCGGGCGCGGAGGAGCGGGACGAACACCGGUACCGGGCGGGCCGCGACGAGCCCGCCUACGAGGAGCGGCAGCGCGACAGCUGGAGCCACGACUACCGCAGGGACGGCUACCGGGACGUGCGCUGGCACCCGGCGCGGCACUGAGCGGCGCAGGACUCACGGCAAAGGAAAACCGGAGCUGUUUCUUACCGAGUAUACGUAUAGAAAAUACAAACCCAGCCCCUCGCGGUUACCUUUUAACGUUUGUAAAACCCUGAGCAGCAUCGCGCUGCAAAGCCUCUCGAUUUCAAAGGGAUUAACUCUGCACCUCAGGGGUUCCCAAAAA